AUCGUUCGUGAAAGCAUUUACAUCACGAAAACGGCUACACUGGUUGGCCAAACAUGCUGCUGUUUCCUCACCGCGCUUCUCCCGUUACAGAUUCAUCUUGCGUUACGGUCCCAUGCAAGCUUGCAAGUUGGUUGUGGUAAAGUACUGUUGUACUUGUUACUCGGUGAAUGGACGCGUUUUACGCUGUGCUCUUCGGUGUUUGUUUAUUUACGUUGUGUGUGGUUUGACGUACAGAAAUUCCUACAAAUAUUUUCUAUUGCACAUUUGUUAACGUUUACCUGGUGAAAGUUGGUGAUAAAAUAAUCGCAAAUAUUAAAUUCCAUAUCGCGUAACGCUCAGCAGAAAUCGUGUCGUGUAUUAUCGCCAAAAAAAUCCGUAUGUAUGUGUCAAAUCCAGUGAAACUUGGCGUGAAAGCAAAAAGGAUUCGGUUAAAUAAACGAGCAGCCAUUGUUUACAUCGAUGCGAAGAUACCAGCAUAAAAAUGGUUUAUAAUGGACCAAUCAUCGAUAAAUGCGACGUGAAUAAUAUCAACGGUUACGACGUUACGUACAUGAAUAAACUCAAUGAAACACUCCAGGUCGACGGAGACUUGAAGUUUAACCUGAGCAAAGACGACGACGACGUCACCGUUGCCUCGAAACUAAAUGGUGAUGUCUCCGAUAACGAAACCAGUGCCGAUACUCAAAAUGCCAUAUACACUCAAGAGCAACAAAUCACUCAGCCCAAAGAUCUCAGCAAUCGAACCACGUCAGAUGACAGUGGACUCGAAUCUGCAGCUUCCAGUUGGGAUAAAUCGGUAACCGAAGUAAAAGAGCACGCUUUUACCAAACUAGAAGAAGAAUUGCAGCAUGCCAGGGAGAUCUUAAGGUUACGAGAUGAAGAAGUUAUGAAACUAAGUAGGAUAAGACAAGAUGUGGAAACUGAAUUACAAGAAUUAACCGCUAGUUUAUUUCAAGAAGCUCAUCGUAUGGUGCGGGAGGCGAAUAUUAAACAAUCCGCAGCUGAGAAAGCUUUAAAAGAAAGUACGAUGAAGGUCGAUGUAUUAACAGCCGAAGUUGCUGCCUUAAAAACUCUAGUCUUGACUUCCACUCCGAGUAAACCUAAUCUCCAUUUGCAUGGCCAAUUGUCGCCUAAAACCAAAGAAGAUAAUUCUCUCGCAUCGAACGGUGGUAGCAGCUUUUUCAAAAAAAACCACCAACGAUCGCCAUCUCACUUCGAUCUAAAAUACGGACGCGAUUCGUCUCCGAGUCAACUUUCAUUAGAAGAUAUCAAUCACACGCUGCAAAGCGAUCCUCUCGAGGUUAAGGAUGGAUACGAGAUGGAUCCGAACGUACACAGAGAGUUUCUCAUGUGGAAAGAAAAUCCAACUUUGGAAAAAGAUAAUCCUUUUAUAACGAGGGUGUAUAGAGAAGACAUUGAUCAAAGUUUGGAUUUCAAUAAUAGUUCAUUGGCCGGCGAGGUCAAGAAAGCCAUUCAUUUGGAGAAUAUAUUUAUCGAAGCUGUGGAUAAAUCGAAAUGCCAUUUUCCUAAAAAAUGUGCUCUUAUGGAAAUGCCAAGGUUAUGUUAUUAUCGUAUGAAGAUAUCAGACUCGGAUGAAUGGCACUGUAUAUCACAAAUAUGUCGUAAUAGGAUCAUUUCGGUGUGUAAUUUUCUGAAUUAUUUAAGAUACAUACAACGAGGAUUAGUUAAAAGUUCUGCUGAAGAUAUGUAUUGGGAAAUCAUAAGAUAUCGAAAAGAAAUGACAUUUGCCAGAUUAGGAUUGCCAGCGUCUCCUUCGUCUUACUAGUCGACGAAAUUGACUGCAUCUACAUAACCAAUUAUUACGAAAUAAUUUAAACGAACAACUAUUGUUCAGUAUUGUUAUUGUAAAUAAGUGUUUUUACUUCUUAUACGUUGUGUAUUUGUCAUAAAUAAUUUUUAAAAAGCUUCCUAUUACAUUGAUAAAUCUCUUUUUAAAAAAUUAAACGUUUGAAGACGUUCAUAUUAUACUUUCGACUAAAGGGCAUUAAGCUUUAAGAAAUGACUGUGGUAUUUACCAUGUUGGCAAUGUAUCUUCCGUUUUUGUUAUUAUUGCUGUGUGACUUGCUACUCAUCAUAUUAUUAGCCCCGAUGAUUUUAUAUUAUACAUUUCGUUACUUGAGAAUUUAUACGAUAAGUGUAUAAAAAAAAAAUAUUAAUAAAUGAUUUUGACUGCGUC